AUGACAUACGAUCUAACGGAAGGUCCUAGGCCGCCAAGUAAAAAGCUUGUUGAGACGUUACAGCUUCGGAUCAAGAUUUUGGAGGAUCGACUUGUUGCACUGGGUCAAUCAAUUCCUGUUGGUGUCACCGAGUCUGCUCAAAAUGAUGGGGCCGCUGGAGACGCGCCAAAUAUGGAGAAAGUCCAGGUGGAUGAAACCGAAGCUUUGCUUCAGCAAAUCACUGAAAAGACGGGUUCGCUUGCAAUCGACGAUGAUGGCGAGCUACGGUAUUUUAGCUCAGUGAGCAAUUUCAACUUGGUUCAAAAGGUGGCAUCCAACAUAGCCGAACGAGGCAAGCCAGAAGUCCGUCUAAGCCAGGUUGUCACAUUACCACUGGAACUACAAGAGCACCUUCUCGAGCUCUAUUUCUGCUGGCAAAAUCCGUGGGUAUACAUCGUUGAAAAGACUGUCUUCAUGCGGGAUUUCUAUGAUGAUAUCGCUACGGAACAUUGUACGCCUUUACUCCUCUGGGCGAUAUACUCCGUGGCUGCACGAUACUCGGACCGUACGUGCCUACGAACAGAUCCUGAUGACCCUUCAACGGCAGGCGUCGAAUUUGCAGUGCAUGCCAAGGACCUUCUACGGCAUGAGUGUGAGAUCACGACGAUUUCUGCGGUUCAAGCCGCUGCACUCCUCUCAAUACAAUGUAUGGCAGAGAACAAAGAACCAGCUGGCUGGCUUUAUAUAGGCAUGGCAACUCGUAUGGCGUUUAAUAUUGGCCUCAAUAUUGACUGCACCAACUUGGUUGAAUCUGGUGUUAUCUCCAAGGAGGCUGCAAAUAUUCGUCAAGUUGUAUGGUCUGGUUGCUGGAUUCUUGAUAAACUCUUUGUCUUCGGAUUGGGGCGCUCUGGGACAGUUGCUAAUCACUAUGUGACAUGUCCAAAACUGAGCACCCUUGAUCUUGCCGAAUUCGAGCCUUGGGUCACUCCAGCGGACGCACAAAAGCAUGUGCGGGAGUCCUUUUCAAGGAUUCCGUCAACUGCGAACUACAUGUCCGACCAUCUAAGCUUGGCUGUCGCGACAUUAGAUAUCAUGUAA